AUGGAUCGGAAUGGCAUGUUUGGUUUAGCACUGAUGUGCAUCAUUGUCGCCGGUGUCGGUGGUCAAGCACCGGCUGCGACGCCGACAUCAACUCCAGCGACUCCAAAAACUCCUUCCGUACCAGUAGCAGCACCUGCCAAAGCACCUGCAAAAUCUACGACACCAGCACCCGUAUCAUCACCACCGGCGGCAACGCCAGUAGCAUCUCCACCGAAACAGAAGGUUCAAGCUCCAGUGGCAACACCAGUAGCAUCUCCACCGAAACAGAAGGUUCAAGCUCCAGUGGCAACGCCAUUGGCUACACCACCUCCAGCAGUGACUCCAGUUAGCUCCCCACCUGCUCCAGUUCCUGUUAGUUCUCCACCGGCUCCAGCAAAAUCUCCUCCGUCUCCUGCCCCUGUUGCGCCUCCUACUAGUGCUCCACCGACCAGCUCGCCAGUGGCUGCACCGACAGCAGAGGUCCCUGCUCCUACUCCUAGUAAAAAGAAGCCAAAGAAGCACCACGCACCGGCUCCUGGCCCGGCAUUGUCGGGCCCACCCGCACCACCAACGGAGGCUCCUGGACCUAGUGAAGAUUCUAUGUCUCCUGGUCCUGCCGUCGCUGACGAUCAGAGUGGAGCGGAAACAAUAAGAUGCUUGCAGAAGAUGGUAGGAGGUGCGGCAUUGGGAUGGGGUCUGCUUGCUUUAAUCUUCUAG